AUGGCGUGUGAGGACAUUGCUGGUGCCGUCGAGGCCUUGGGACACGGGCGUCUAGCACCGCCACAAAGGGCGCCUGUUGCCUAUCCUCAGCGUGGCCCCCCAGACGGCGAGUGUUUGUGCGUAGUGGGUUUCUAUGUUUGGCUCGCUAGUAGGAAGUCCAACUAUGGCCCGAGAGCGUGCGUCGCCCAAGCGGCCCGUUGUCAUUCGGAAGCGGUGCCGUUACUAGCACCGGCAGGCGGUCGGCACGCCUUCGGGCAUAUGACUUCUCCCAGUACAUGGGAAUUUAUGUAUCCAGGGCAGCCCGUGGUCCCUUCCACCCUCCAUGGCCGGAUGCGUGCAUGUUGGGCUGCACUGCAAAUGCCCUGUUUCGCAUGCCUUGGGGUCCAUCGUCUUCUGGCGACCCCACCGCGUCCAGCUGAGGCCCGGGGUCUGACGUCGCCAGGCGCCUGGGUGUGGCAUUUAGUGUACAUGUUCGAGGAUGCAUGGCCGGUGGUGACUCUCUGCAACGACAGUCGCAACGGCAGCCGCGCGGAGACUGCCGGGCGGCACCAAUGUGAGAGGCAGCCACUAGUUCAUCACAACCAAGCCCGCUCAACACCUACAUGCCAUCACCGUGACGAGCGCGCGAGCGUCACACUACGCAUCCGUACUUACACCCGCACUGCUGCUUACUGA